UUCACACAGGGUCAAGCUGCCGAAGAAGGCCCACUCCCGCACCAAUUUCCUCACCAAAAAAUUUCCCCUCCACAAUCAGCGUUCAGCGACAGCAACCGCCCAAUCCGCCAGCACAACGACUCCGGCCAACCACCGCACGCCGGUGGCGCGUGAAUCAGUUGCUGGCCACCUCUCCAUGUGCUGACAGUGGAAUCCGGCCGGAGAGGUGAUGGGUCAGGGCCUCAGCUGCGGCGAACGCCAUGAAAAUGGGCUGUUCCGAGCUGUGCAGAAUGGGGAUUUGGAGGUCGUCAAGGCCAUGGUAGAGGCCGAUCCAACUGUCUUGGAACUGACCACUCCUCGUACGAGGAUGUCUGCUCUGCAUAUCGCCGCCGCCUGUGGUCAGAUCGAGAUUCUUUCUAUGCUYUUGGAUCGGUCUGUGAAUCCUGAUAUAUUGAAUCGCAACAAACAGACCCCAUUAAUGCUGGCUACAAUGCAUGGGAAGAUAUCCUGUGUGGAGAGACUUAUUGAUGCAGGAGCAAACAUACUGAUGUUUGAUUCUCUAAAUCAACGAACCUGCCUGCAUUAUGCUGCUUAUUAUGGCCACUCAGAUUGUCUACAAGCCAUAAUUUAUGCUGCCCAUUCAGCUCCUGUUGCAGACACUUGGGGAUUUAUCAGAUACGUGAACAUUCGAGAUGGAGGAGGUGCUACUCCGUUGCAUAUAGCUGCACGCCAAAGACAGCCGCAGUGCAUUUGGAUCCUUUUGGCGAAUGGGGCUAUUGUUUGUGCUUUAACUUGUGCUUAUGGCUAUCCCGGGAGUUCGCCUCUUCAUCUAGCUGCUAGAAGCGGCUCUUUAGAAUGUGUUCGGGAAUUGCUUGCGUGGGGAGCAGAAAGGUUACAAGUGGAUUCAGCCGGGAGAAUACCUUACUCGAUUGCUAUGAAGCGCAAGAACCGGGCAUGCGCGGCCUUGCUGAAUCCUUCAUCAGCAGAACCUCUUGUCUGGCCAUCAAAAUUAAAAUUCAUCAAUGAGCUAAACCAAGAGGCAAAAGUUCUGUUAGAGAUGGCCUUGGCGGAAGCAAACAUGGAGAGAGAGAAGGCCAUAUUGAAGGAGAAUUCCUUCUCACUUCCAUCUCCUUUGCAAUCUGAUGUUGAGUUGGAUGAUGCAGAAUCUGAGGGGUGCGAUGUCGAGUUAUGCUGCAUAUGCUUUGAACAGGCCUGCACUUUAGAGGUCCAACCUUGCGGUCAUCAAAUGUGUGCUCAUUGCACCCUAGCUUUAUGCUGCUACAAGAAGCCAAAUACCUCAAGCACUUGUCCUACUGUCCCGCUUUGCCCRUUUUGUCGAAGCAGCAUUACUCAACUACUUGUAGCAAAGAUCAAGGUGACUGAUAAUCCAGAACCUGAAAUCGGUGCAUCGAAACCAAGGCGGUCGAGGAAGUCGAACUUCAGUGAGGGYAGCAGUAGCUUCAAGAGCUUAUCGGCUAUAGGGUCAUUUGGGAAGAUUGGUGGCCAUGGUGCAGGGAAGUUUUCGGUUGAAUGUGACGAGGAGGUUGAUAAAAGUUUCUGAGUGGCAUCUUCUGCUCGGGAUCUUCUUCAAGCAAAUUUGGUCGAUGUAACAGAGUCUUGGAUAUGGAAGAACACCGAUGGUAUGUUCACUAUAUCUAUAAAAUCUACUUGAAUGUCUAAGAAGCACGAUUGUGAGCGUCGUUGAUAGGAUGACGAUCGUCUUUGGUAAGUAUAAGGUGGUCGAAUCUGUCGUCRUUUUCUUACUGGAGUUGCAGCGAGUUACUAUUCAUGAGUUAUGAAUGCUCGCUGAGUACUUGUUCUGUUUUUGAGUUAUAAUAAAGCUUCAUAAAUUGGUCACUUAUUCAAA